GGGGCUUUAUGAAGACUGGAAGAACCCCAAUGUGAUCACAGAUUAAUUAUGUUGGAUAAAAGGCUGAGUACCUGAAGAUUCAGUAAAGUCAAGUAGCUUAUCCCCUGAGAAACACCUGAAUCAUGGAGGAGAAUGAGUUCCAAGUCCAGCAGUUGCAACCAAACAUCAUAUCUGUCCGACUAUUUAAGCGUAAGGUGGGUGGUCUGGGAUUCUUAGUGAAGCAACGGUUGUGUAAUCCCCCUGUGAUCAUCUCUGACAUUAUCCAUGGUGGGACAGCAGAAGAGAGUGGUUUGGUGCAGGUUGGCGAUAUCAUUGUUGCUGCUAAUGGCAAGCCUCUGGUCGAUGUAACUUAUGAAUAUGCUCUGGAGAUGCUGAAGAACAUACCUCCAGAGACUUUUGUUGUGUUGAUUUUGAGAGGUCCAGAAGGGUUCUCCACUCACCUGGAGACCACCUUCACUGGUGAUGGGACACAAAGAGCAAUGCGUGUUACAAAGCCUUUAGUUCCUGUCACUAAAACAAGUGAUUCUCCCAUUCAAGGCCCCUAUGGCAAAGACAACCUCAAAGCUGAAGAUAAAAAGUUGAGGAACAUCUGUAAUCCAGAAUUAGAGACAUGGGACAGUGAAAUCCCACAAGAAUCCAAUUCCGUAAUUCAGGUCAAGGGAAUGAUGUCUUUGAUUAAUGAAAACUCUUUAGAGGGAUCAGAGGACUGUUUUACCAACACAGACAACUUGAUGAAUGAUGGAACAACUGAAAAUGAUGAACUCCUUAAAGAAAUUGAACCUGUACUAAAUCUAUUAAAGAACAAAAAAAAACAAGGGAAGUGUGAUGCUGAAGUCCAAGUGGACAGGGGAGAGGCAGACAAAGGCCAGCAGUAUUUGCAUCUUCAAUCCAAGAACGACAGAGUAUUUCAUGAUUUGUGGAGAAACAAAAAUAUGCUGACAGUGCUUCCUAAUCCUUACUCCGAACAGGAAGAGUCGCCUGUAAAAGAUUUGUCAAAUGGCAGUCCAACGAAAUGUCCCUGUUUUAUUAAGAUAAAGAACUGGGAAACAGGUGCUGUUUUAAAUGAUACACUACAUCUGAGUUCUGGAAAGAUAAAGGGAGCUGGGUGUACAGAGCAAAUUUGCUUGGGAUCAGUUAUGAUGCCAAACCAGCAAGUGAGGAAACCAAAUGAAACCCGAACAAAGGAGAAGCUACUUCCACUGGCAGAAGACUUUAUUAACCAGUACUAUACAUCUAUCAAAAGGCAUGGGUCCAAGGCCCAUCUUCAGAGGAUUGAGCAGGUGACAAAGGAGAUUGAAAUGACUGGCACUUACCAACUUAAAGACACUGAGCUAAUUUAUGGGGCCAAACAUGCCUGGAGAAAUGCUACCCGCUGCAUUGGAAGGAUCCAGUGGUCUAAGUUACAGGUCUUUGAUGCACGUGACUGCUCCAGUGCUCAUGGAAUGUUCAACUAUGUUUGUAAUCACAUCAAAUAUGCAACCAACAAGGGGAAUCUCAGGUCUGCCAUCACAAUAUUCCCACAACAAAUAGAUGGCAAGCAUGAUUUCAGAAUCUGGAACAGUCAGUUGAUACGAUAUGCUGGGUAUAAACAACCUGAUGGCUCUGUUAUUGGAGACCCAGCUUCCGUGGAGCUAACUGAGGUUUGUAUGCAACAAGGUUGGAAAGGACCUAUGGGUCGAUUUGAUGUCCUCCCCCUUUUGCUUCAAGCCAAUGGAAAUGAUCCUGAACUGUUUGAGAUUCCCCCAGAACUAAUCCUGGAAGUACCCCUCAGGCACCCCAAGUUCACAUGGUUUAAAGAUCUGAACUUGAAGUGGUAUGGCCUGCCAGCUGUCUCAAACAUGCUUCUAGAUAUUGGAGGUCUCAAGUUUACAGCCUGUCCUUUUAGUGGUUGGUAUAUGGGAACAGAAAUCGGAGUCCGAGACUUCUGUGAUGCCUCCCGGUACAAUGUGCUUGAGAAUGUAGGAAAACAAAUGGGCCUUGAUACUAGAAAGACAUCUUCCCUUUGGAAAGAUCAAGCAUUAGUUGAAAUAAAUAUUGCAGUCCUAUACAGCUUUCAGUCAGAUAAAGUGACAAUAGUGGAUCACCAUUCUGCUACGGAAUCAUUCAUGAAACACAUGGAAAAUGAGUAUAGAUGUCGAGGAGGGUGUCCUGCAGAUUGGGUGUGGAUUGUUCCACCAAUGUCAGGAAGCAUCACACCUGUGUUCCAUCAAGAGAUGCUAAACUAUCAGCUAAGUCCAUCAUUUGAAUAUCAGGCAGACCCCUGGCUGAAUCAUGUGUGGAAAGGAGUUAAUGGGACUCCCACCAAAAAGAGAGCCAUUGGAUUUAAAAAAUUGGCAAAAGCAGUGAAAUUCUCUACAAAGUUGAUGGGACAAGCAAUGGCCAAAAGAGUAAAAGCCACCAUCUUAUAUGCCACAGAAACUGGCAAGUCCCAAGUCUAUGCAAAAACAUUAUGUGAAAUCUUCAAGCAUGCCUUUGAUGCAAAGGCGAUGUCCAUGGAUGAAUAUGAUAUUGUGCAUCUCGAACAUGAAGCAUUGGUGCUGGUGGUUACAAGCACUUUCGGCAAUGGUGACCCACCCGAGAAUGGAGAAAAAUUUGGGUCUGCCCUGAUGGAAAUGAGACACCCUAAUUCAAAUUCAGCAGAAAGGAAGAGUUACAAGGUUCGUUUCAACAGCGUAUCCUCAAACUCAGAUGCUCGUAAAUCUUCAAGUGAUGAACCAGAACACAGAGAUAAAUUUGAGAGUACUGGCCCUUUAGCUAAUGUUAGAUUUUCUGCUUUUGGCCUUGGCUCUCGAGCCUAUCCACAUUUCUGUGCUUUUGCUCGAGCUGUUGACACAUUGCUCGAGGAAUUGGGAGGAGAACGGAUUAUGAGGAUGGGAGAGGGGGAUGAACUCUGCGGACAAGAAGAAUCAUUCAGGACUUGGGCUAAGAAAGUUUUUAAGGCAGCUUGUGAUGUCUUCUGUGUGGGGGAUGACGUUAAUAUUGAAAAAGCGAACAACUCCUUAAUAAGUAAUGAUCGCAGCUGGAAGAGAGCAAAAUUUCGCCUGACCUGCCAGACUACAGCACCUGACCUUACAGGAGCUCUCUACAGCAUUCACAAAAAGAAAGUCUAUGCUGCAAGAUUGUUAUCUCGACACAACUUGCAAAACCCAAAAUCCAGCCGUUCCACAAUUUUGCUCCGGAUACACACAAACAAGCAGGAAGAGUUACAGUACCAGCCUGGUGAUCAUCUUGGCGUCUUUCCCGGUAACCAUGAAGAUUUGGUCAAUGCCUUGAUUGAGCGGUUGGAAGAUGCCCCUCCUGUAAAUCAGAUCAUAAAAGUUGAGCUUUUGGAAGAGAGAAACACAGCUUUAGGCAUUAUUAACAGCUGGAGUGAUGAGAAUCGCAUUCCACCUUGCACCAUCUUUCAAGUUUUUAAGUACUAUCUGGAUAUCACAACUCCUCCAAGCCCACUCUUACUGCAGCAGUUUGCUCUCUUGGCAAGAAAUGAAGAGCAUAAGAAAAGACUUGAAGUUCUCAGCAAGGGAUUACAGGAGUACGAGGAAUGGAAGUGGUACAAUAACCCAACAGUAGUGGAAGUACUGGAGGAGUUUCCUUCGGUUCGGGUGCCAACAACUCUGCUACUUACCCAGCUUCCUCUGCUGCAGCCUCGAUAUUACUCAAUCAGUUCAUCCCUGGACAUGUACCCAGACGAGAUUCACCUUACAGUGGCUGUUGUUUCGUAUCGCACACGAGAUGGUGAAGGGUCACUACAUCAUGGAGUCUGCUCUUCCUGGUUUAACCGGAUAGACACAGAUGAAAUAGUGCCAUGCUUUGUCAGAGGAGCUCCUUCUUUCAGAUUGCCAAAAGAUCCAAUGGUUCCGUGUAUUUUAAUUGGACCGGGAACUGGAAUUGCUCCUUUCCGAAGUUUCUGGCAGCAGCGGCUGCAUGAUAUUGAGCAUAAAGGUGUAAAAGUAUGUCCCAUGACACUUGUGUUUGGCUGUCGUCAAUCAAAAAUUGACCACAUCUACCGAGAGGAAACCAUUCACGUAAAAAGUAAAGGUGUCUUUGAGGAACUCUAUACAGCUUACUCCCGUGAACCAACAAAACCAAAGAAAUACGUACAAGAUAUUUUAAAUGAACAGCUUUCUAACCAAAUAUUCAAAGUCCUUCAAGAGCAAGCUGGACACAUAUAUGUUUGUGGCGAUGUUACCAUGGCAGGCGAUGUACUGAAAACUAUUCAGCACAUCUUGAAAAAGCAUGGAAAGAUGUCCUUGGAAGAUGCUGGGGUCUUCAUCAGCAAGCUGAGAGAUGAAAACCGUUACCAUGAAGACAUAUUUGGUGUUACACUUCGUACAUAUGAAGUUACAAAUCGCCUUCGAUCAGAAUCUAUUGCUUUUAUUGAAGAAAACAAGAAGGACUCAGAUGAGUAA